AAAAAAUUAAAAAACUGGAUCACAAUCACAAUGGCAACGUCCUUAAGUUCUGUCCAAAAGGCUUCCAAAAUAAUUUUAUUUGCUCGUCAACUAUUUUACCUCAAGAGUUGUUCACACACAGCAUUUAAGUUACAACCAUGCUUUUUUCAAGUCUCGCCUAUGUCACAGUACAGCCCUAUUUUCUUAGACCCAAUUAUAGACAAAGAUGAAUUAAAGAAGGAAUUGCCAGAAAAUGACCUUAGACGUCACAGACCACUUAAAGCUCCUAACACCGACUGUUCCAUUUCUCCAUUAUUUUAUGAUCCCACUGUGCAAAAAUUUACUAACAUAAUGAUGAAGUCUGGAAACAAAGAAAGAGUUCGACUGAUAAUGAGAAAGCUGUUUGAAAAUCUGAAGCACAUGCAAAUAGCUCGUUGGAAUCAAGCCACUACAUUAGAGGAGAAGUCUGCUAUCGAAUGUGACCCUCUUGUUCUCUUUAAGACAGCCAUUGAUAAUUGUAAGCCGCUGUUGCUCACGCAAAGAAUAGUGAAAGGAGGAAUUGCUUACAGAGUUCCUGUUUGUGCCAGACCAAAAGAACAAACUUUCCGUGCUAUGAAAUGGAUCUUAGAGAGUUGCCGUGAUAAAGAAAGAAGGAUUCCAAUGGAAGAUAAAUUAACAUUAGAGCUAAUGGAUGCCUACAACCACCAGGGUAAAGCCAUGAGAAAGAAACAAGAAGUUCAUAAAAUUUGUGAGAGUAAUCGAGCCUAUGCACAUUUACGAUAAUUUCAUCUGACGAAAGUAACAUAGAUCUAAUAUCAUGUCAUGAAUCAAAGUGUAUCUGUGUGUGAUAUAUCAUAGGUCAAAGUUGAUGUAAAUAAAUAUUUUACAUAUAAAAAAGG